AUGUACAGAUUUGCAAGCAUUGCCAGAAUUGCCACUAAACCUGUUUAUACCAGCCAAUUCCUAAGAAUGUCUUCUACGUUGACUCCAGUGAUCUCUACUAAUGCUCCGCCAGCCGCUGCCUCCUACUCGCAUGCAAUUAAAGCCAACGGAACUGUCUACGUCUCCGGUCAAAUCCCAUUCACCCCUGAGGGUAAAAGGGUCGAAGGAACCUUCCAGGAGAAGUCCGACCGUGUUAUCCAAAACGUUCUGGGUGUUUUGAAGGACAGCAACUCUUCCCUCGAGAAGAUCGUCAAGGUCACCGUCUUCCUUACCGACAUGGAGAACUUUGGAGCUUUCAACGAGGUCUACUCCAAGUAUUUCAGUUCUCACAAGCCAGCUAGAUCUUGUGUUGCUGUGAAACAGCUACCACUGGGCGUCGAGGUGGAGAUGGAGGUUGUUGCGUUGGAGAACUAA